GGUUGAGUAGGCGAGUUACGGUUGGCCAAUGUCAGACAAUGUUGAGCUGAUACCCUGGGUGUAGAAGCUUCCACUGACCCAGUUUGUCUAAUCGAAUAGUCAAAGAUGCAAAUAUAAUUUGCUUUAGGAGAAGACUAGCGAGUUCCGGCAGGGGGUUUCGAGGGUGUUCACGUGAUACAAAACGCAAUAUGACUUCAUGUUCCGGCAAGCGAUGAGGGGGGGUGACUGGCGGCCAUUGGCUUGCACCCUCGGAACUCAGUCAAUGGACUGAAAUAUUCCAAUCAUCUUAUUAUAAAAUGUCAUCAAUAUCCUUUUAUUUUUAGGAAGAGGAUCUCGAUAUUCUAAUAAUAAAUCUUAUUUGCACUCAAGAUGCUUAAAACGAUUGGAAGAACAUGCAGGGUUUCAAGUAGGAACCCAGCAAUUUGCCUCAACAGGUUCAAUUCAUCGAUACCAACCAAUUUCCAUAGAGAAGAUAAGGCAGCAUCGUUUGAGCCAGCCGAUGCAGCAGAUGCCACUGCUACUAUAUUAGCGGAUCAAAAUGAUAUGCAAAAAUUCCCAAAUAAAGCCACUUGGAUUGCAGCAUUAAGAGAACGAGAAAAACAAAUGGCUGAAGGUAAAACAAUUGAUAGUUAUUCUUAUGUUACACCAGUUACCACUGAAGUUGGCGAAAAGACGAGAAAUGAAUCAUUUUCUUAUUUGGCUUUACCUUUCAAAGAUGAUCAAUGGUUGUGUGAUCAAUACAUGAAUGCUUUUGGUAGAUUAAGAGCUGGUCAGUUAUUUCAAGAUUUAGAUGCUUUAGCUGGUAGAAUUGCUUAUAGACACUGUGCUCCUGCUGAACCAGUAAAUGUUACUGCUUCGGUCGAUCGUAUUUAUAUGGUAAAGAAAGUUGAUGAAAUUACCAAUUAUAACUUUGUCCUUGCUGGUGCAGUUACUUGGACUGGUAAAUCUUCAAUGGAAAUUACAGUUAAAGGUUUUGCAUUUGAUGAAAAAUUACCUUCUACAAUAACUGAAGAUGCUUUGCCUGCUGAAAAUAUUUUUUUAACUGCUAAUUUUACCUUUGUUGCCCGUAAUCCAUUGACUCAUCGUUCUUUUGCGGUUAAUCGUUUAUUACCUACUCUGGAACAACAAUGGUUAGAUUAUAGAAGAGCCGAAUCUCAUAAUGCUAAAAAAAAAUUUGCUGCUAAAAAUCAUAAAGUCAUUGAACCAACUGAUGAAGAAUCGAGACUUAUACAUGAAAUGUGGAAAUCUUCAAAAGCAAUUGAAAAAUCCGGUGGUAAUAAACUGAAAAGUUUACUGUUUAUGAAAGAUUCAAAAGUUAGUUCAACCCUUUUCAUGCAACCUCAAUAUAGAAAUAGACAUUCUUAUAUGAUUUUCGGUGGUUACUUACUUAGACAAUCUUUUGAAUUGGCUUAUUGUGCUGCUGCUGCUUUUGCUUCUGCUGGUCCAAGAUUUGUUUCUCUUGAUUCAACUACUUUCAAAGCUCCAGUCCCCGUUGGUAGUGUUUUAAGUAUGGAUGCCUCAGUGGCUUACACUGAACAUAUUCAUGAUGAAAAUAUUGAAAACGAUGCUGAUUCUCCUUUCAAUUUUAGAUUACCCCCUACAAAUAAACUCCUGUCAAACCCGGAUGCUUUCUUAUCUGAACCAGGUACUUUAAUUCAAGUCAGGGUCGAUACUUAUAUUAAAAGUUUGAAUUCUAUCAAUUCUAAAGAAUCAGGAAGUUUCAUUUACUCCUUCUUUGUCCCUGCCAACUCAACCGCUGAAAAUAGUCCUGGUUUUGCUUCAGUCAUUCCUCAAACUUAUUCAGAAAUGAUGGAAUACGUUGAAGGUAGACGUAGAGCUCAAGAUACCGCUAAUUUCGUCGACACUUUACCAAAGCAUUCCUCUAUUUAAUUCCCCCUAUUUAUAAUAACUAAUACUUCCAUAUUUAAACUUACCUUGUAGACUUGC